AUUUGUAGAAACAGAGGAUUACAGAGGACUAUGUGGUUGAACAGAAGAUGAGAAAAAGGGAUAGAUGGGAGAUUGUGUUAUCCUUUGUUGCUGCUGCGAGUGCUUUCUACUACAAGUCUUUAUCUUCGUCUUCUUCAAGAUUCCUUGUAAAGUUGCACAUAAAAUGAAGAGAUUUGUGACCAGAAGGCUUCGAGGAAAGAAGAGAAGAGACGCGCAAAUCUUCCUACCGACAAAGGAGGAAGAUUGCAGAGAGGAGCCUGAGUCAAGAUUAAGUUGCAUGGAAGACAUUGAGGAGAUGAUGCAGGAAUUUUCCAUGGAAGGAGAGUUUGUGUUUGGGAGUUUUUGGAGACAAGGGGACUCUGCAAAUGAUUUGGAUUUCGGAAACUCACGAUUCGAAAUAACUAAUUACAGAGAUCAUCAGUCCUUGUCCUUUCUCAUUACAGAAGAUGUCUUAUUGGAUUCAAGAAUCCACAUAAUGAAGCGUUAAGAGGACUGAAACAAUGCGGUAAUUA